AUGGCGACAGAUUUAAACAUCUCGAGGAAGCAAACGAAUUUGCACAUAUGCGACUUGCCCAAGUCGUCCAACAGCAAUUUGCCGAAAUUACCACCGAACGCGAAAUUUUACAGUCGCUGGCGGCGAAGACUUCAGAAGCUCGUUCUCGUCUCGGCUCGGCACCCUCUGACCCGGUCGGUUUUACGCAGUCAGGCGGCUAUCGCCUUUGAAAAAAGGAGACACGCGAGGUCACCUCAUCGAUGGGUGAUACACCCCUUCAGUAUGUUGAGAAUCGGGAAAAAUAGCGGCCCCGAACGAUGGAACAUCGUGUAUCCCGUCUAUACUCUUUGUAUCAUAGAUAUAUUUCUGAACUUUAUGACCGGUUUUGUAUCUUCCGAUGGCCAUGAGAUCUUUCUCGACGCUGCUUUAGUGGCACGGCACUAUGUGAGGAGAUAUUUCUUCGUUGAUUUAUUCACCUCGAUACCUUACACGUGGCUCUACCCGUGGCGUAUCUUACCGUCUGGCCCUGAUUCGAAUUCUGCGUUGCUCAUCAUCGAAUUCCUACCCAUUUUGAAGAUAAUUCAUAUGCUUUCGUUAAGGCACAAUAUUCAGCAAAUCAGUGAGAUGUGUGGAAUCCCACGAACUAAAAAGACAACGAUAUGGCUCGUUAUCAUAACAUUACUGAUUCUUCAUUGGAGUGGCUGUAUAAGUUAUAUCUUUCCAUAUAUUGUUAAGCAUGUGAAAGGAAAACCUAUGAUGGGUUCAGACACGUAUUAUAUAUCGACCAAACUUUACACUAAACCUAUCUGGAAAAUCUAUUUAAUAUUUGUACAUAUUGGAGUGAGUAAUUUGAUCGGCUCGAGUUCCAUCGAAUUUGAAAAUUUCGGAAUUUUGGACAGAAUGAUUCGAUGUGUACUAUUGCUGUGCGGGAAGGGCUAUAUAAUCUAUCUCAUUGUAACGAUUUUGCAACUCCUGGAAUCGUCGGCUGAGCCAGAGCUCAAGUAUCAACGCAUUAUGCAUCAAGUAAAUGAGUACAUUCACCAGAAAAGGCUUCCGCGAUAUCUGAAGGACAAGUUGACCUCUUAUUACGAGUAUCGUUACCAGGGCAGCUUUUUCAAAGAGAUCAUCAUAUCUGACACUCUUUCAAAUCACUUGAACCGAGAAAUUCUGUUCCACAAUAGCCGAAGAUUGAUGAAUAAUGCGAUUCUCCGCAACUUGACCCACAAUGUCCUUGGUGACUUAAUGAGUUUGUUAAAACCGGUGAUAUAUCUCGAGGAAGAUGUAAUUUAUAAGGCCGGCACCGAGAGUGACUGUAUGUACUUUAUAGCCAGCGGGACCGUCGUAUUGAUUACAUUCUCGGGGAAGGAGAUAUGCCAUUUGCACGACGGCGACCACUUUGGCGAGACAGUCCUGAUUUGUCCUGAUCGGAGCAGAACGGAAUCAGUGAUCGCCUUGGAAGUGUGCGAGUUGCUUCGGUUAGAUCGUCGCGACUUCAAAUGCCUAUUUCCACCAAAGUCGGAAUUUUACGCUAACAUGAAACAAAUCGCCCAGGAACGUUUGCAGAAAAUCAAGAAGCUGGACGAAUCAGGGAGAUUCAAUGAGGGAGAAACGACGUAAAAAUAGUUUUAUUCGAUCACCGAGGUGAGAAAUACCGAGUAAAUGUGAAAUUAGUGAUUAAGUUAUCUAUCUACACGGUGGCGUCGUGAAAAUGAAUUUUUCCAACGUAUCUUGAAGAAAGAAACUCGUCAACUGUCGGACGUUGCGAAUUUUCCUGCACUUUCGAGACUUCUCGUUAAUCCGAAGCAAAAAUAUUCGAUACGAUAACGCUUUAGAUUAGAUCAUUAAUACGUUAACUGCCACGUCAGUCACCAGUGACUGACACUGAACUUUUCGUUGGGGCCGCGUAAGUCAUCGGCGACUGACAGUAUAAAGUACGAUAUAAAACUAAAAAAAUUACAUAGUUUAAUAAGUAAUUUCAGGAUCCUAUAAUUAAUAUACUUAAAUAUUUCUUACCAAAAAAUUUUAAUGGAUUUGGCCUGACGGAAAUUUCCUCCGAAAUGCGCGUGGCAGUUAACGUGUUAACGCUUCACGGCGCAAAGUGAGGGGCCUCGAGUGUUCGAAAUUUUUCUCGCAAAUUUCUCGAGAAACUGUAAAUCUCACACUCGCUUUAUCCGUACUUUAUCACUUGCAAUUAAAUUCGAUACACCGUAAUUCAAUCCUUGGGACUUACAAAGUCAAAUCAAAGUUGUUUCGCGGAAUUCUUUCGCUCUGUUCUAUUGUAAAUUGCCGUUCCACGCUCUAGGCAUUUUGCGAUGUUUGCAUUUUACAACGCCGCUCGAGUCUUUUUCGCUUCCGGCUGUGGAGGGCUAUUAGAAAUCGUACGAUCGGCGGUCCUCACUAUAGAUUGGCAUAAUUACAGUUACGGGACUGACGACAUCGUAAUAUCGAUCGAGUUGUCGUUAGACAAGAUUAUUAUUACACCUAAGUGACCCUGCGGACCAAGAUAUUUUUUCGGUCGCUGAAUUAGCGAUCGAUUUUGGCUGUGCUCCAAUAUUCGCUGACAGUACUGAAAAUUUGACCAAGUUCAUGUUUUCUUACUUUUCAAUACCGAUAGCAUUUAUCGGAACGUACAAUCUUUGUAGUGUCAUUAAAGAUAUCGCAGUAUCGCAAUUAUACUAACUGUCUGGUAAUUUGCGUAAUUUAGAUAAGACCAUUCGUCAUCGCACGGCGGUUAUGAGAAACACAAAGUUCGUUCAAUUUUGUAAAGUAAAUGAUCACGUAUCGCUUACGUCAUCAUCACCAUCAUGUUUUUAUUAGCUAAUAAUCCGAUCGAUCAUAAUUUACAGUUUAAGAUUGGACCAAAAAACUCCGGAAUUUCCGACAAAAUUGCAAAGCUUCAAUUGUCGGAUCGUGAAGUUGUCGUUGGAUUCUAUUUGCAAUCAACGUUUCAAUAGUUCGUAUCAUUAUCGUUGUUUCCUGUUGUCGCCGUUCCGGCUCACCCGUAUAAGCCCGUAUAAGCACGUGUCGUUUCCUCUAGCGAAGAAAAUCUAUGGAUCGUAGACUGACGUUCGCGCUUGGCGAAUUAGGGCCGUCGUCCUUGCACGCUGCGUAAUUAAGCGAUAUGAAAUUACAUUGUGCGAGUGAAGGCGCGAGGGUGUCAAUUAUCCGCGGCCCGGCAUUCCAACGCGUCCUUUAAAAAAUUCUAACGGCAAGCCGUAAACGGUAUCUGAAGUUAUGUUUAAUUGGGCCGUCUCGCGGAUGUAAUAUCAAUAAACUGUCACAGUGGACGUACACGUUGUAUACGUGAUUCGCAAUUUUUAUUGUUGUUAUCACGUCGUAGUAUUGUAUUAUCUAGUUUGUCGAGA